AUUCAUGACGGCGGCAUGCGCCCAUGGUUCCGAAUAUUAGCGCAAGAAUAAUCAAGUAAUUUAUUCAUCAUAUCACAAGAAAGAUAACAUUAGAAUGAAGUAAGUCACUAACGUACCUUUAUCGCUAUAUAUAGUUGACCAAGUAAAUGAAUCAUCCUUCGUAAUAUUAUGUUUUUUUUAAUUGUAUAUUUUGCACUACACAUAAAAAAUAUUGUAUUUUGUAUUUUUUUAAAGAUAAAGUGCUUCACUUGAAUGACUGGUCUCACUUGAGCCUCGAGUGGGUACAUUUGUACACAAUAGUGGCGACAGGUUAACGCCCACAUACCACUUCCACUAGCUUUUCUGUUCCGUGGUACAAACUACAAACCGUAUCCGUGCCAACUGCCACCAAAUAAAUUAAAAAAGAAAAUGUCAAAUUGCUUGGCGAGGAUGUAGGGUUCAAAUUCUCUUUGUAUUAUUGUUCUGUGGCUUGGCGCUUCGAGUUUGUGGAAUUGUAAAAUGGAGAUAGGAAAUUAACAAAAUAUUGACAUCAAAAAUCAGUAAUUAUUAAAAAAGUACUUGAAAAUUGUAAAAUUGGAGUGAACAUAAUUGCAUAUUAUUAUUUAAUCAUCAAAUUUUAAUCGUAUAAAUUAAAAUAAGUACAAUAAACAGUUGUUUUUAUCAUAGGAGUGAUAGUGUAUUUAUUUAUUAAAAACAAAGUGCAAUUUUAAUUGUAAUGUGGAAGACAAAAUGGGUAAAAAUAAAAUGAUCGCGAAAAGCUGUCCGAAAUGCGAAAUGCAGGUGGCUGUUGCUUCUAAGUCCUGCAAAUGCGGGCACACAUUCUUCGCAGCUCGCCGCGGAGCUGACGUCCUUCCGGUGGUGGAAGACAUCAGGAGGAGAACAGGGAGAGUGAGAAGGUCACAGCCGCAGUUCUACGACGCGCAGGACUAUCAGAAGCAGAAGAAGAAAUCCCCGAAAAAGCGAUCGGACGAUGACUACAAGAUUAAGGAGAAAAGUGAGUCCGCGACAGCAAGAGCUAGAAGACGUCGGGCCCUACGUAGGGCCCAGCGGGAGCCCCAACAGAGCGACAGAACGAGAGACCCGACACCACAGCUGCGCCCCGCCCAGUUAGCGAGAUGUAAACUUAUCUUGUCGGAAAUUAAUAGGAAAAUGCGCGCUGUUACCUGGCAACCUCCAACGAACGAGUAGUUGUCAGAAUUCGCCCGGUUAUAUAUUCUGUGGAUUUGACGUAGAUGACGUCACAGCGUCGCUUUGUGUACGGUGUGCAAAACAAGCAUCACUAGGAUAUUAUUAUUUUUUAAAUAAAUAAGCUACGAUUUAUUUUAUCUGUAUUAAAGAUUAAUGUAAAGAUUUUGUGUUAAGAUUAUUAUUAGAAUGAUGAAAUAUAAAUGAAAGAGUCUGGGUUAGUUAAAACAAGAAUUUAUUUUUCUAACAGUACUAAUAUAGCGACACAGAACAACAGAAGCUAAAGUCAAAACGUAACAAUGGUAAUGAAACUGGAAACCGUACUGACGCAACAGGUUGAGCGCGAGGGGGUGAACGGGGAAGGGGGGGCGGGAGGUUUUCAUGUUCCAGCAAGGUCGUGAAAGCCGUGAAGGGCGCCGUACGAUCGUACAAGAUAUAAUAGUACUUUUAUUAAAUAAAAAUGCGUGGCGGCCAUUUUGUAUUUCGUUACCUGGGUUUGUUAGUAUUCGCUGUUACAGCAGUAAUUUUCUCAUAAAAAUACAUCCAGCGGAGUGUUACAAGGAUCCCCUUAGGUUGCCAUUAGGUUCUUUAGGGUUAUCUAUGAUGAAAUGGGAACAACUGUCAGCUGUCACUCUUGUGACAAUUUGACAGAAGUUGAAAUCGGAACUAAUUGCCGACCGUCACAGGGUCAGUUUGGGUAUUUUACACAAUCUGGGGAAAAAUAUAAUAAAUGGAGAAUUUUUAGGGAAAAUAUAAAAUAAAUAAAAUGUGUUUACUUCAGACUGUUGGCCUAUAAGUGUUAGUUUUAUUAAAAACUAUGUUAGUAUAUUAUGAUAUUUGACAUUGCAUAAUUUCAUUUAAUUCGAUUUAAUUAAUAUAAUAAAAUAUAAUUUCAUUUUGAUUUAAUUUAAUUUCUUUAAUUUGAUUUAAUUUAAUUUUGAUUUUUUUCUUUAAUUUAAUUUAAAUACUUGCCACGACAUGCUGAGGCACUAGCUAUGUGUCUACGAAGAAAAGAAUAGUCCUAUAGUUUUAUGGAGAAAUUGUUGGUGAAACGAAUUUGUCUACGCUCAGUGUAAAUAAUAAAUGUAAAAUAGGAAAACUUGUACAGUUUUGCACCUUCGUAAUAUGUAUUAGAUAAUAGUCCAUUUAAUGUUAAAUAAAGUUUUUAUAUAAUAA